AAAAUACACAGUCUUUCGUCAUAUCUUAGCCACAUCAACAAAUGUUAGUUUUGCAAAGAAAAAUCCGCUAGGUGGCAGCACAGGAAGUGUCAGAGACACAGACCGGAAGUUAUCUGACUACACAGCCUCACAUCCUGCGUAAAAACAUCAGUCGUUGAAAAUAAACACCAACAAUUAAUUUAUGUAAUUAUUACCUUAACGGUGGUUUGGAGCACGAAAAUGGUAGAAGAGGAGGAACUUCGGUCUUUCACGUUCCUCAUGACGUACCUGCUGCUGAAGCGCAGGAGAGACGUCAACAAUGCAAAUGUGCAGAGGCGCAACGAAAUCCAGAGACGCAUCAGGCACCGACAGUACUUUUUCCAGAGACAGCGGAGGACGCUUAUGAUGAUGAUAGCUGGAAGUAUGCCUUCCAAUAUCCGCAUGCGAACACGUCCCUGGGUAACCACUCCAAGAACAGAUUGGUGGGAAAGGGUGGUUAUGACAGAAUUUCAGCCCUCUGAUUGGCUGGAUAAGUUCCGUAUGAGCCAGGAAACUUUCUUCUAUCUCUGUGAAAAGCUGAGGCCUCGCCUGGCUCGUCAGGACACCUGCUUUCGCCUGGCUUUGCCGGUGGAAAAACGCGUGGCAGUGGCUCUGUGGCGUCUGGCAUCCAACAUCGAGUACCGCACCAUCAGUUCUCUGUUUGGUGUGGGGAAGUCAACUGUGUGUCGUUGUGUUAGGGACAUGUGUCAUGCCAUCGUCGGGCUCCUCAGCUCAACCUACCUGCGUCCUCCCAGUGAACAGGACCUGGAGGACUCAGCUCUGCACUUCCUGUCACGUUAUGGCUUUCCACACUGUGUUGCUGCCAUAUCAACACUCCACACUGCCAUCAUUUCUCCAUCAAACAAUGCAUCGGACUAUGCUAAUUCUGCUGGUUGGCUUUCAGUGUUGUCUCAGGUGGCUGUCAGUGGCCGAGGCCAGUUCUGGGAUGUGUGUGCCAGUUUCCCAGGUGGGACAGACCCAGCUGAUAUUUUACAGAACUCAUCCCUGUGGACUACAGCUGCAGAAGGUGGACUAUCACCUGCAUCUGUGCCCACCUUCAUGGGAAGAAAACUCAGUUAUGUCCUGUUAGGUGAGGCCUGCUACCCGCUGCAAAAUUGGCUGGUGAAGGCUUAUCCUGAAGGAAAAUGCAUCAGAAUGAGAGACGUUGGAUUGUCGCAGUCACAGCAGCUCUUUAACCAGCGACUCAACGCAGCACUUCGAGUGCCUGUGGAGGCACUGCUGAGGCUGAGGGCCCGCUGGCAGUGCCUAAGCAAGAGGAAUGACUGCGGACUAGAUGUGGUGCCGACCAUGGUCCUCGCUUGCUGCAUUCUGCACAACAUAUGCGAGUCACACGGGGACACGUUUAAGGAGGAGUGGCAGGCAGAUGUGGUUGAGGCAGAGAGCCCUCAGCCCAGCCACAGGCCGCUCCUCUCAACCAGUUUGGACCAAAGUCAUGCUGAGGACGUGCGACGCCUCUUCUGUGAAUAUUUUCAGCUGCAAGAAAAUUAAAAAGGACAGUAGGGAUUAGUGAUGUCAGUUAACCCCAGUAAAAUCCAGACAUAUUUACCAUAAUUAUUCAAAUUUGCCUUUACACACCUUAGAUAAGGGCUAUUAACAAUAAGGGAUAAUUGAAAUCACCAUUAGUGAUUUCAACGCUGUCUAUUGUUUCCAUUAUUGCAAAAAAGUUUUUAUAUUGUCUGUUUAAAGUGUUUUGACUUGAUGUGUUUCACCCUCAAUUCUUGUAGGUGUUAAACAACAAUAUACUGCUAAAAAAUAAUGCUAACAAAAAUACAACACUACCCUUUGUAGCUGUAUUUUAGAUGUGGUCAAAAUUGAGAUACAGUAUAUAAAUCUUGUAUUCACACUUGAUAUAUUGUGCGUCAAGUGUUUUUUUAUUUAUUUAUUGACAGGCACUGUGUGCAAUUGUAUAUUAUGGCCACAGGGUGUCACUGGAAUUACAGAACGUGGACAUACUGUAGAUGCCUUGAGAUGGGAUUGUCUAUUCUGUUGCUGGAGUCGCUGCUUCUGCAGGCGUCUGACAGAGUGACAGGGAGCGCAGCUUGAAAUGUCUUCUGUCUUGAUGUUUUAUACCAAGUUGAACAAAAUAUAUUUAAAAACAAAAAGGAUGAACAUGUGAGUGAGUGCAAAGAAAACCCCUGACAGGGAGUGCCCCACUGUUUUUGAUGUAACCUAAUUAACGGGAAAUAUAUAUGCCUGGAAAAACCAAGGCUCGGGGCUAUCCACAGCUUGUCUAAUUUCACGGGGAAUGUAUUUUUAAUAUGUGACUCCAUUAAACCUAAUGAUGUCAAUACAAUUUCAAAUGU